CAACAGAGCUGCAGUCCUGCACAAGAAAGAAAGAACAAGUCCUAGAAAUUUAAUUCUGUUCAUCGUGCCUUUGAGGAGUCCUCACCCCAGUCUUCAUCGAGUGUCAACAUGUCGGCUGCCAGCUGUCUGCUGAUCGAAGAGCAGCUCCUGUGCGGCAUCUGUCUGGACGUGUUCACCGAUCCAGUCACGUUACCGUGUGGACACAAUUUCUGCAAAACCUGCAUCAUGCAGCACUGGGACAGUAGCAUCCAGUGUCAGUGCCCCUCAUGCAAAGAGCCUUUCUAUAAAAGGCUUGAUCUGCGAGUCAAUUCCUUCAUAUCCGAGAUGGCAGCGCAGUUCAGACAGUCCGCUGGAAGGAGCAGCUCACGACCCGCCAAACCAGGAGAGGUCCCCUGCGACAUCUGCACUGAAACCAAAAUGAAAGCUCUGAGGUCCUGCCUGGUGUGUCUGGCCUCCUACUGUGAGGCUCACCUGAAGCCACAUCUGACGGCGUCCCGCCUGAAAAGACAUCAGCUCACUGAUCCCGUGGAGAACCUGGAUGGCAGGAUGUGUAAGAUGCAUGAUAAACCUCUGGAGCUCUUCUGCAAGAAUGAUCAAACCUGCGUAUGCAUGCUAUGCCCUGUUUUAGACCACAAGUCGCAUGAAGUUAUUCCCCUGAAAGAAGAAUUUGAGAGAAAGAAGGCCAAUCUCGGGAAGAGAGAGAGCGAAAUCCAUCGGCUGAUCCAGGAGAGACGAGUGAAGAUUCAGGAUAUCAAACACUCUCUGAAGUUCAGCAAAGAUGCUGCAGACAGAGAGAUGGCAGCUGGUGUUCAGGUCUUCAGUGCUUUGAUACAGUUUUUGGAAAGAGCCCAGGCGGAGCUCAUUGGGAUGAUAGAAGAGACGCAGAAAACGACAGAAAAACAGGCCAAAGGUUUCAUCCAGGAGCUGGAGCAGGAAAUCUCUGAGCUGGUGAGGAGACGGGCUGAGGUGGAGCAGCUCUCACGCUCAAAAGACCACCUCCACUUCCUCCAGAGCUUAGGGUCCCUGAGUGCUUCUGCACUCACCAAAGACUGGACGGACGUCAGCGUAAAUCUGCCGUCGUACGAGGGGAUUGUGAGGACGGCUUUGGAUCAACUUGAGGAGACGCUUGGCAAAGACACGCAGAAGCUGCUGCGUAAGGCUGAGCUGCACAGGCUCAAAGAGUUUGCGGUGGACGUGACUCUGGAUCCUGAUACGGCGCAUCCUGCUCUGGUCCUGUCCGAUGAUGGAAAACAAGUCCAUCAUGGUGUUGUGAAGAAGAAUCUCUCAGAGAAUCCUGAGAGAUUUAAUCCUAGUUGUUGUGUCUUAUCGAAACAAUGCUUCGCUAACGGGAGAUUUUACUUUGAGGCUCAAGUUAAAGAGAAGACUCGAUGGACUUUAGGAGUAGCCAAAGGGUCGAUCAAGAGGAAGGGGAUAAUCCCACUGUGCCCAGAAAACGGCCACUGGACUGUGUGGUUGAAAAACGGUGAUGAAUACGCAGCUCUCGUUGGCUCUCCUCUACCUCUCUCUCCAAAUCCAAAGCCGCAGAAGGUGGGAGUGUUUGUGGAUUAUGACGAGGGUCUGGUCUCCUUUUAUGAUGUGGAUGCUGCAGCUCUUCUCUACUCCUUCACUGGCUGCUCCUUCACUGAAAAACUGUACCCGUUCUUCAGUCCUGGUCUUAAUAAUGACGGCAAGAACUCUGCCCCUCUGGUCAUUUCUAUCGUCAAUCACACAGACUUUUUUUAAAAGAUGUGUGACACCUGUUAAUGAGGAGACGCUGCGAAGUCGUCCUGUUGGAAAUCAGGAGACCAAAGGAUGACAAACUUAGCAGAGGCAUCAGCAAGCAACAAGCUCUCGCUGUGUCGUCUGCAGGCGCUGCACCCCGACAGAAAUAAUGAGGUGGUUUGACGUGAAGCCGGUCCUAAAAAAACAUCUUGAAAAAGUAAAGUAGCAAUAAAGACGCAGGUUCAGCUCACCUGAACGUUGACACGGCAGUGACACUGAAAAAGGCAAGAAAAGUGCGAAGCGCUAACACGAUUCCCGAUGCUGCAUCGAGAUCCUCCAUCAAAACUUUCCACUCGUACACCUUCAUCACAGCAGAAAGACUGAACGCUGAAACACUAAAUGCUCGUUUGUAGAGUGAGCGAAGUGAAGCGGCGUGUGGAUUUUUUCCUCUGCGGCUCAUUCACACCAGUGUUUGCUGUGGAGCUGCGUCUUCAUGAUAAAAUGUGAACUGCCCCUCAGCACAGGCAGCCAUGAGAGUCACAUGGCCUUGUUUACUUUGAUUGUCCUCUGGUGUCUGCUGCCAUCUAGUGGCUGCUGGUUCAAACUGUGGUGAAGCACUCUGUGUGGACAAAAGCGUGCAGACACCUGAACAACAAAGCCACAGGUGAUAUUUCAUCUCAAACACAUGGACAUUAAUCUGCUCCUGCAGCCUCCACUCUUCUGGCUUCAGGCUUUCCACCAGUUGGUGGAACUGGGCAGCAGAGGAUUUCUAAAUAUUGAAGUGCUGCAACUUAAACGGACAAAACACAAACAAAUUAAGAAAACACCA